AUGAACACGGUUUUGUCGAGGGCGAACUCGCUGUUUGCCUUCUCCCUGAGCGUCAUGGCGGCUCUGACUUUCGGCUGCUUCGUCACAACGGCGUUUAAAGACAGAAGAGUUCCAGUAGACAUACACGUAUCCAGAGUCAUGCUGAAGAAUGUAGACGACUUCACUGGACCCAGAGAACGCAGCGACUUGGGCUUCAUCACGUUCGACCUCACAGCUGAUAUCCUUUUGAAAAAUAAAUAUGCAACAAAAAACAAUGCGUUGAACCAGGUCGUGUUGUGGGACAAGAUCGUCCUCCGAGGAGAAAACACCAAACUCAACCUCAGAGACAUGAAAUCCAAAUACUUCUUUUUUGACGAUGGGAACGGACUCAGGGCGAAUAAAAACAUCACUCUGAGUCUCUCCUGGAACGUGGUGCCGAACGCUGGAAUCCUGCCCCUAGUGGCCGGUUACGGACACGUCAGCCUGCCUUUCCCUGAGAUGUACGAGUCGACCAAAAGCUACUGA